AUGUUUGGACCGGCCUUGCGCUCGGUAUCGAUGAUGGCUUGCUCUGUAUCAAUCAUAUCUAUCGGCGGCAGACUCCGAAAGAAUUCAACGAAAGACCGGCCCUGGAUGCGCGAGGGAGGGGGUCGCGAGACGCCCGUGACGGAGGAGGAGGCGCGGGUCAUCUUUCGGGCGCGGGGGGACGGCGGCGAGAAGCUAUCGCGGCGUGGGAAGAAGGCGGUGGCGAAGGAGGCGGGCGAGGUGGUAUCACGCGAGGAAGGCGAGGCGAUUUAUCGCGCGACGCUCGAGUCGCUGUUGGCGUCCACCGGGUGGACGCCGCGCGCCGCGGAGGAGAUGGCGCGCGAGGAGCAGCGUGCGCAUGUUCGGCAGAUGCGCUGGGCAAGGGAGCACGGCCGGGGGGAGCCGGUCCGGUGCUUUGACGCGGAGGAGUACGACGAAGGCGACGACGCUUUCGACGCGCUCUUCGACGGGGGCUCGGGGGACGGGUGGGAUUCCCCCUCGGGGGGCGGCGCCUUCUUCUAG